AUGCGAAACAGUGCCAAAAACAAGCGGCAGGCCAAGUUAUACUCCUCCUUAGAGAUGGAGAAGAAUUUCGGUGAGGAGACAUGGCUCAGUGGUGGCGCGAACUUACUGAAUGGAAGGUCCGUGAUUCAAACCGAACCUGACCAUUUCGACUGCUUCUGCCUAGACAUAGGCAACUUGACAGCAUCUCAGUCACCGUGCUUCCUCCGGGUGGCAUGGCAGCUAGAUACUGAAAGGAUUUUGCAACUAAACGUCCAUGGUUUAUCUCUGAAUAAGAAAGGACGUGUGUAUCAAGCUACAGUACGGGCUGCUUUGUUGUAUGGCUGUGAGACUUGGCCUAUUCGAGCAGCGGACCUGAGACGUCUUCAGGGGGCGAGAUGGCUCGAGUGGUUAGAGAGCGAAUUUACUGACCGGAAGGUCCGUGGUUCGAACCCGACCUCUGCCUCUCGACUUCCCCUGUCUAGGUUUGGACAACCUGGCAGUAUCCCAGCCUUCGUGCUUUCUUCGGUGGCAUGGCAGCUAGGCACAAAAAGGGUGUUACAGCUGAAUGAUAUUAACGGUGUAUCCCCGCUCGACAACAUUCCGAAUCCUCGCCACGAGAUGCCUCAGUGGUUAGACCACGAAUUUACUGACCCGAAGGUCAGUGGUUUGAAUCUCGACUUUUACUGUCUAAACUUUGCCAACCUGGCAGUAUUUCGACCCUCGUGGUUCAUUCUGGUGGCAUGGCAGCUAGGCAUCUAA